AACUCAGCCUUCCAUUCAUCCACCCACCCCCCAUUCCACACCUCAUCCCUCCUCCUCUCGGUUUCUAUAUUUCACGUCAGUCACUGCAGUUGAACUUCAUAUCAGACACUGGAUCUUACCACAGUUGAAACUGGUCUAGGAAACAAAACCGUCAAUACCUCAAAGACUUUAAAGAGAAUACAGGAAAGAGGAUGUUGUCAGUGAAGUUUGACAGCCAUAGAAACAGAGACAUGAGUUGAAAGCUCUGCCACUGACUAGUAAUCACGAUGGGGUUCAUGCAAGGGCUGGAGCUCGGUACUCUCAUCAUUUGGAGCUGCUUCUUGCUUUUGCUUCAGCCAUGUGGAAGCAUGGAGCCCUCAUGUCCAGCAGACACAAGGAGACCUGCGCUCCAAACUCCAAAUUCAACAUAUACUCAACUGAACUACAACAGUGCCUUUAUGUCUCCCAUUGUAAAUUCUUUCCUGGGCUCUGUUCAGAGCAAUCCUUUCCCUAAAGAUCUGCUGAUUGAUAUGAUAACACAUCCAUCAGUAAUCAUGCAAGCGGACGGGGUCAAAGAGGUUUUGAAAUAUGAGACAGGUUUCCUGGUCUGUGUUGCCAUUGGGAUCCUGUACAUCAUCCUCAUGCCUCUAAUUGGCCUAAUCUUCGCCUGCUGCCGUUGCUGUGGUAACUGCGGGGGCCGCAUGAACCAGAAGCAAACGUCAAACAUCCACUGCAAGAGGAGAAGCUUUUACUGGUCCACGUUUUUCAUCACUUCACUGAUCUUGUCGGGGAAUGUUUGCAUGUUCCUAAGCUGUACGCACACUUCAGAAACUUUGAAGAACAGCCCCACAGAAGUCUCAAACAUCUUGGAAGAUGUAAAAAGCUAUAUUGCAACUGUUCCAAAGCAAAUCAGACAAGUGGUAGAUGAGAGUUCUUUGACUGUGGAUAAGGUGAAAAGUACCUUAAAUGGCUCUUCGCUUGGUGAAUUUAUCCAGAGUGGUCUUAAAGGUCAUCUCGACCCAGCAAUAAAAUCCAUUUCUGAAAUAGCCCAAGUGAUAAACAGCACUGGUGUUGCACUCCAGCAUGUUAAUAACACUUUGGAGCAGCUGAAACCGAAGGUGGAUGAGCUACAUGUUAAUAUAUCUGCAGUGAAGCAGCGCAUUAACGUCACCUUGUUGUUACCGGGCUGUGUGAACUGUACCUCCCUUCAGCCAGAACUAGACAAACUAUCCCUGGAUGGAGAUCUUGAAUUUCCUGAUCAGAAUGACCUGAUGUCUGCUGUAAACAAAGCUGAAAAUGCUGAUGUCAUCGGACAGGCAAAUAAGGGGAAAGAUUUUUUUGACAAUAUUCCACAGAAGGUGAAAGAUGAGACCAGGCAAAGUGUAAAGAUGGCUCUAUUUGAGCUUGAAAAAUUAAAAUCACAGAUCUCAGACUUGACUAAUGGACUUCCACUGGAUGUACUGGAGAACAUCUUACAGCCACUAACUGAAGUGCAAAAAGUUGUUUCAGAUGUUACUCAAUACACACAGCUGUCAAGUAAAAUCAGCCUGGCUGUUGGAUUGGUCCUGAGCUGUCUGAUUUUGCUGGUGGUGAUCUGUAAUUUUCUGGGUCUUCUGCUUGGUGCAGUUGGUCUAAAACCUCUGGAUGACCCAUCUGAACGCUCCCGCACAUCUAACUGUGGAGGAAUAUUCUUCAUGGUAGGAGUAGGUUUCAGUUUCCUGGUUUCCUGGAUCUUCAUGAUAGUGGUGCUGAUACUUUUCAUAGUGGGGGGGAAUGUCCAUACCUUUGUUUGUGCACCAUGGCAGAGCAAGGAGAUCUUCCAGAUUCUAAGCACUCCAGGGCUCAUUCCAGGAUUUAACUUAUCUACUACACUGCAACUGAAUACAGACCUGACAAUUGGUAGUGUGUACAGUGACUGCCAAAUGAAUAAGCCUUUAUGGACCACACUGCAUUUAAAUGGUAUCAUCAACCUAGAGGAUAUGUUAAAUAUUUCAAAGUUCGAAAGGCAGAUCUAUCAGUACUUUGAAAAUGCACAUAUCAAUAUAGCAAAUAUCACGAUCCUCACAUCAGAUGUAAAGUCCCAGUUACGCAAUUUCUCUGACAGUGCCAGCAGCACGAACUUCAGCAGCAUCACACAGCAGAUGAAUAAUAUUUCUGAGACUAAUCUGAACUCAUCUGCAGAUGAUUUGGAUGACUUGGCCUCUAAACAGACGAUUGGAAAUAUUUCGGAUGAACUACACAAGGAAGCUCAAGAACUGCGAAACAUCCAGACUGCAAUCACUUUUACCAUCAUGCCUUUGGUGGUUGAGCUGAAGUCCACCAUUAAGAAUCUUAGCAGAACAGCAUCACAGAUCAAUGACACUGUGGAGAAUGUUCUCAGAAAUGUUGCCUAUGCUCAGGACAUCAUGAACUACAAUAUAUCACAGAUUGUGAAAAAAGAGAGCAGGAAAUUCGUAGACUGCCAAUUUAAAAUCUUUUGGUCAUUCACUCAAUGGGCAAAUCAAACAGUUACGGAGCAGCUGGGCCGCUGUGGGCCUGCAGCUGCAGCCAUCGAUAGAUCAGAGAAUCUGGUGUGUAGACAUCUGGUGGCAAGUUUGAAUGCCUUUUGGUUCAGUUUGGGUUGGUGUAUGAUGUUCCUGAUCCCCAGCAUUAUCUUCUCUGUUAAACUUGCCAAGUUCUAUCGCAGGAUGGAGUGCACAGACGUUUAUGAGAACAAAGUCGUGAUGGAUAAAUUCCCAAGAGCCAGUCUCAACCCUCAGUCAAUAGGAAGUUAGAAAACAUUUUACAGAAAUACAUGAAGAUGACUGAAAACCUGUGCACGUUAACUUAUCAAUCAAGGAAACACACACUUACUAUAUAUUUGACAAUCAUAAAUAGAUGUUUGUGCCAAUUCCAGUCAUUUCUUUAGGUUGUUUUGAGUAUUGUUUCUGAUCUGACAAUGAUUGUACAAAUGAUGGACUUUUGUGCAACUUUUAUUCCUUUUAUUUGAUGACUUUUUAUUCUACUGUAUUAUUAGCGCAGUGCACUCAAACAUAAAUAUGUGUCAAACUUU